UCUCUGGCUGCUAGGCUACGAAUCUCGGCAGUUUUCUAUUGUUUGUUUUGGAAUUGUCGGCUUUUGCUCUUCGUAUUAUCGCUUUUAAAAUUAGUUAUGGAUGAUUUUCAGACAGGCGAAGAAACAACUUUUGUUGUUGAUGAUGUUAGCAACAUCAUAAAGGAAUCUAUAGAAAAUACGAUUGGCGGAAACGCUUAUCAACACAACAAAGUAAACCAAUGGACCUCAAAUGUAGUCGAACAAUGUCUCAACCAUUUGACUAAGCUGGGAAGACCAUUCAAGUACAUCGUCACUGCUGUGAUAAUGCAGAAAAAUGGUGCUGGAUUACACACUGCUAGUUCAUGCUUUUGGGAUAACGGAACAGAUGGAAGCUGCACUUUAAGAUGGGAAAAUAAAACAAUGUAUUGUAUCGUCAGUGUUUUUGGGCUCGCUAUAUAACUUUCAAGAACAAUAUUUCACCAAAUUACAGAGCUUGUAUAUAUAUCUUGCAGGCCUAAGAAAGCGGCAAUGUAUUAUUUGUAAGUUCUAUGUUGUGAAUUCGCCUGUUUCAAUAAUAUAACCUUUUCAACAACUUUAUUUUUUACACACUAUAUUGGUAUGAAAUAACUGUGCCGUAAAUAUAUGUUCGUUGGUACAUUUGUUGAUAUAUAUUAUCUAAAUUAUUUUGGGAACAAAAAACCUUUGCUGGCCUAAUAGUAAAAUGCUUAUGUGCAGGCUUGCUAGUUAUCUUGGUUAAGGAAACUUGUCAAGUAUUUGA